AUGAGCAGGACAACAGCUGUAACCCUCGAGAACUCUGUGAUUGCAGACUUGCUCUCCGCCCAUGUCCCAUUGGCAUCGUGUGCGCCUAGUGUACUCUGGAAGGUGAAGGUCACCAAGCAGGGGCACACCAGCAGCUGGGACGCUGUGAAGCGUGCCAGGACACUGAUCUCGGAAGUAUUGCAGCGCACUGGAGGCAAGAACCUAAAGCAGAAGCAGUUCUGCAAACAGCUGGAUGCGUGGUUGAAGUCCAAUGGCAUGACGUGGGCGAUCUCAGACGUCGAACGCGCCGCCUAUCAUUUCCGAACCAUGAUCCGAAGCCUGGCAGGAAAGAAGCGCGAUCAGAUAAUCAAUGGGAAACCCAUUGCCUUCAAUAACAUGACCUACGGCUGCCUGAACACUCUAUGCGAUGCGAUCCUGAUUGAAACAGACGAGGCAGGUGAACAUGAAGCGACAGCCGAUCGCGAAGAUGAGGACUCGUCGGAGGACGUUGUCGAGAUUCCCGUGGUCAAGGAGGAGGUGCCAGUUGUUGAGUUGUCUGACGACGAGCCAUCGUCCAAGACUGUACCAGAAGAACUCGACCUGGACGAUCUCGAAUCCAAGCUCUUCACGCCUGCCAAGGACGCAACCCCGAAGAUGAGCGCUUCUACUGGGGUCAAGAAGCCUUAUGUCCUCGGCGGCGCGUCGAAACUCCUCGAGAUGUCGGCGAUCGCAGCUUUGGCUGAUGGGUCGUCAUCUGUUGGCGGUCUGAGUGCAAAGGAGUACACAGAGAUGCAGAAGGAGCUGAAGGGCAAGAGAAAGCACGACACCGCUGACCCGAUCGAGAUCUACUUGAAGCAGGACGGAGACCUAGCCACAAUCGAGAAACGAUUGCAUUGCAAAGUCCAGAAGGCUGAGAUGAAGCGCCAGAUGGAGCUUCAUGGCGACAAGGAGCGGGCCACUGCCGCUGCGUAUGAUGCGUGGGUGGUCGCUCGAAAGCGCUUCAGGGAGCUGAGGGAGCUGAGGCAGCAGUAG